AUGAAGAUGAUUGAGGCAAUCUGCAGAUCAUUUUUGUGGACUGGUUCAGCUAUUGUGUCAAGGAGAGCUUUAAUUUCUUGGGAAACAAUAUGUUUGUCACAAAGUGCAGGGGGGCUUAAUGUAAUGAACAUGCUAUACUGGAAUAAAGCUGCUAUUGCAAAACAUCUAUGGGCAGUGGCAAAGAAAAAGGACAGUCUAUGGAUAAAAUGGAUACACAUUUACUACAUAAAGAACUAUACGAUUGAAGAUAUGCCUAUACGUAGGAGUGCAGCCUGGGCUUCAAUUCCCUCAACAUCAAAAUGUCCAGUGGAAGAGAAUUAUUUUGCAGCCACACAUGCAUCCAAGAUUCAAAUUUAUACUGUGGCAUUGGCAACAAUGGAGAGGCUACUGAAGUUUGGUAUACAAACUCCACAACCUAUUUGUGACUGGCAGAGUGAAGUCGAAUGGGUAAGCAAGAAUGCUAAAAAGAGAAAUGGACAAUGUGCAAUAGUUGCCUGUGUAUUUGGCAUGCUGGUGAAUGCUAUAUGGAGAGCAAGAAAUAAGCUGAGAUUCCAAGGAG